AUGAGAUCACAAUUACUCGAUACACAAAUGGACACUGAUGCCUUUCGAACAACAACUGCAGCAACUGGUGAUGCUGCAUCGGCUCAAGUGCAGGAGCUUUAUGAAACACUUAACGUAUUGUCAGGUGGCAUUGAGACAUUGAACGAUGAUGGACAACGCCUCAGCAAUGUAUCACUUCAAUGUCAGAUUAAACUUCAAACACUGGUAGAAGGCUUUUUGCAAAUAAAAUUAUCUGUUGAAGAAUCACAGAGUUUUUUAGAAGGAGUCAAACAUAAUCAAGACAUUCUAAAUCAAGAUUUAGCCUCACUGAAAGAAAAGAUCAAUGAUAUAGAACAUGUUUCAUAUGAUGGAACAUUUAUAUGGAAGAUUACAAACUUCCAAGAGAAAAUGAGUACGUUGAAUAAUCAUUUAUCGUGA